GUAAUUAAGCCUGUAGAGUGAGACAGUGAAGUGGGGGAAGGCUCAAAAGAAAAGGGGGAAAAGGUGUAGCAUGCUUCUUCUUCCAUCAUCCAGCAAUAUGAUAUCAUCAACAACACAGCCUCAGACAAAACAAAACUAAACUCCGACAUACCACACCACAGACAACAUUAACUAUACAAAAAUAAUUCUCUUUCUUUCUUUCUUUCUCUCCCGCUUUGUCUGUGUCUCAAAUCUCACCUUCUUGCCGUGGUGCAGAUCUCAAGAGGGAUCUGAGGUGAGGUUUUGAUUGGGGGAGGGGGCAAGACGCCUCCUUUUUAGGGUUUUCUACAAUGGCCACACCCUUUCCAUUUCCCCUCUCCGCUACGCAGGUGGGUACUUACUUUGUGGGGCAGUACUACCAUGUUCUUGAGACCAAGCCCGAGUUGGUGUAUCAGUUCUACUCUGACGCCAGCACUAUGGUACGCAUUGAUGGCAACGCCAGGGACACUGCCAAUGCAAUGCUGCAAAUCCACGCGCUUAUUAUGUCAAUCAGUUUUACUGGAAUUGGAAUCAAGACAGUACAAUGUCUGGAAUCUUGGAGUGGUGGCGUUCUUAUAUCGGUUUUUGGUUCUGCGCAACAUAAGGGCUACAGUGUGAGGAGGAAAUUUACGCAGUUAUUCUUCCUUGCACCCCAAGAAAAGGGCUUCUUUGUGCUCAAUGAUAUUUUUCACUUUGUUGAGGAGGAGCCAGUUCAUAAUCUACAACCUGUAUUUUUGGCUCAGAGAGACUCAAAAUUGAAUGCUCCCAGCACAAUGAAUAAACCAGUUUCCAACUACAUGUUGGAUGGAGAUAUACAGGCAAGGGACUUCAUUGCUACAAAUGAGGUCAAAGAAAAUGGCGCAGUCAAUACUCAUGGAUUUUCACAGCAACAAAUGGCAGAAGUCCAUGAAUCUGAACAUGUUCGGGAAGAUGUUAUCGCUGAAGAGUCACAUGGUUUUCUUCAACCUUCUGUGAAUGAUGUACAAGAACACGCACCUUCUUCUGCCGAAGAACCUCCUGAGGAGCCCCUAAAACAUACUUAUGCUUCCAUCUUACAGGUUGCUAAAGGACAAGUUACACCAUCUGUAGCUUCUCAGCCAUCUCUGAAGAAAUCGUCUUCUUUGGACAAGGAGCAUUCUACACCAACUAAUAGUCAGCAAACACCUACAUUGAAUAAAGCAUUUGAAAGAUCUGAAACUGAUGCAGUGGAGGACAUUACCACAGCUGAAGAUGAAGGUUACUAUGAAAUCAAAUCUGUUUAUGUGAGAAACUUGUCCCCUACCGUCUCUGCUUCUGAAAUUGAAGAGGAAUUGAAAAAUUUUGGCAGGAUUCGACCGGAUGGUGUAGUCAUAAGAAGUCGUAAGGACGUCGGAGUCUGCUAUGCAUUUGUUGAAUUUGAAGAUAUGAAUGGGGUUCACAAUGCAAUCAAGGCAGGAUCUGUUGAAGUAGCAGGAAGACAAGUAUACAUCGAGGAACGAAGACCAAACAGUAACAUCCCUUCCCGAGGAGGAAGGAGGGGCAGAGGAAGAAGUAGCUAUCAAUCAGAGACACAGAGAGGGCGUUUUGGUCCAAGAAGCUAUGGCAGGGGAAAUGGGCAAGAUGGAAGUGAAAGAGAGUACAACAAAACUAGAGGAAACGCUUUCUAUAGACCCACUACCCGCCAAGAGAGGGGAUAUUGAGAUUAUCAAGAAUAUCACUUGAACAUGGCUCUGCCUCUAAAUUUCAGCUUUCCCCAUCAUCUGUUUCCCACAGAAACGACGUAUAUGCUGCCAGAACAUUGCUGAAAGAAGAAAAGUUGUAAACAGUUGCAUCUUAAUUAUUUAUGUAAAGAUUUCUUUUUCUUUUGUUCAGAAUUAAGGGCACAUAUAUACUGCAUUGCACACUAGUUCUAGAUGAUUCAACAAUGCUUCCAAUGAAGGAUCAAGAAGAGCCAGGCCACCAUGAAUUUUUCUCUCAUAUUUUUCAGAAUUAUAAACAUGUUCAGAAGCAUAACAUUUUGUAUAAGACGUGUCUCAAAAACUGUACCUAUCCCCUGGAGUAGCCUGAACUGCUUGCUCAAAUAAAAAUGAAGCUUUUUCCUCA